AUGUCUCUGAGAGUUUGCUCCCUCCAGAUGAUAUGGGCUGAUCCUGAAACUGCCGACCAUCGGCUGGAAAACACUGAGCAACUUGAAGGAAAGAUCGCGCUUGCAAGGCGUGACCCCCUAGAGAAGGAGGGCCCGAGGACCGGAUUUGUGGACAAAGUGUGCCGAAUGGUACAGGCGGGGGCAAGCGCUGUCAUUCUGGUGAACAACACAGACGAGUUGAUCGCCCCUUGGAAGUGGAAGAACGACAACUUUGACGCAGAGCUUAUCAAAGUUCCUGUGGUCUGCGUGAGAGAGUCUGCCGGGCAGUACUUCAGCUCUGGCAACUUCUGCAAGAUCAGGUUCCAGCAUGCUUCCCCACCAUUCUUUGAGAACCCAGCGAGCAUCUUCGGGGCAGAGACGAUCUUGGAGCUGCUGGGCAAUGAUGCGGAAGCGUCGAGAGUGAGCGGGGAGGAGACCAUGGACUGGGUGAUCGAGAACGAGGACGAACUGCUGAUCGAGGAUUUGAUGCCUCUCGGUUUCAACCUCUCCUCUUCCCUGCAGAAGGACAUCAGGGAGUUGAAGGAGGAGAUGGAGGAGAAUCUCAGGUUUUUCAACUCUUCCCCCGAGCAGACGCUCAAACACUACAAGCGCUGCUGCCAUUGCUUCAUGGAUGCGCUGAUCUCGCUGCAGCAUAUCGACAAGACUAUUAUGCAGAUUGCAGAUCUCGCUGCCAUGCACGACGUGGCGGACAGCAUGGGGAAUGGCUUCUGGGCCCAGCUACGUGUGGUGAGCUGCUGCUUGAAGAAGCUGAGGAAGAAGACGGCUGCGAUCACCUCGGAGCGAGAGAGCGUGUUCUUCGGCACGAGGAUCAAGAGCCUGCUCUAUCCUCUCGAGUCUUAUCUUAAGAUCCUCGAGAUCUUGAAGGAGCUCCUCCAGCUCACGCUCAGCUUCAACAACCCCGACGCAGAGACUCAGGGAGGGGAGCUGGUCGCUACCACGGGCUCUCUCAGAACAUCCUCGUCCGAAGGAAGGACGAGCUUGUUCUUCACCCACAUCCCCCUGGAGUCUGCGAUAGAGAAACUGAGCGACAUCGACCUGUCUGUGCUGUACGGUGACAUGCACGGCUACCAGUAUCCCUCCCGCCUGAAGCACUUCCUGCGCAUGGUCCUGCUUGCUGCCGCCUCCUACAGCAGGAGCUACGAGAAGCAUCACAGCGAUCACCUGCUCACCCAGCUGGCCAGCGCCUACUACCAUGGCGUCGGCUUCCUGAUGAAGCCGGUGAAGAAGGGAAGGAGGAUCGCGCAGCAGUACGGCUCUGCAGACGUCAAGUUCGUCAAGUCCUUCUGGAACCUGACGGAGCUGCCGGUGGCCAAGAGGUUUGCGGCUGUGGUAGGAGCGAACGUGGAGGUUAGCAGGGAGAUCGUCAUCGAUGGGUCCCGGCCCAUCUCCAUGAGGAGGGCGGGCGCCGAGGAUGUGUUCGUCUCCAUCGCCCCGACGGAGGAAGAGUGUCGCUUGUUCUGCGGGGAGGGAUACGUCGCGCCCCUCCGAGUCAAGGCCCGUCUCAUCUCCUUCCGCUGCCUGCAGGGGCAGGAGGUCGAGGGGAGGAGCGCGCUGGGGAUCAGCUGGGGAAACACGAAGCAGCUGAAGCCUCCCUCUCCCUUCCUCAUCCUUCACUUCCAUGGGGGAGGCUUCAUAGCGCAGAGCUCUGCCUCCCACGAGGUCUACCUGCGAGACUGGGCCAAAGCGCUGGAAGCCCCGAUCCUCUCUGUGGAUUACGAUCUUGCUCCUGAGCACCCCUUCCCGGUCGCCGUCUGCCAGGCCUUCUUCGCCUACUGCUGGGCUCUUGCUCAUGCUUCAACCCUCGGCAGCACGGCAAAAUCUGUGAUCUGCGUCGGGGACAGUGCGGGAGGGAACUUGGCGGCUACGGUUGCGAUCAGGGCGCUACAGCUGGGUAUCAAGCCUCCAGCUGGAGUAGUCAUGCUCUAUCCAGCACUGUACCUGCACUUGACGCCCUCCCCCUCGAGGAUUCUCGCCAUGAUGGACCCGCUGCUUCCUCUCGGCAACCUGCAGCUCUGCAUGGACGCAUAUGCCAAUCGUUUCGCUUCCAUCUAUGGCAAGUUCUCUGCGAUGCUGCACCUGGACCCUUCCUCGCGGCUAUCAGAAGCAGACGACCCCAAGGAGGACGCCAAGAUUCGCAAAUGGCUGGCCAUUCUCUCGCCUCUGAUUGCUCCUGACGAAAUCCUGCGGGAUUUCCCGAGCUGCGCGGUGAUGGCAUCUGAGCUCGAUCCGCUCUUGGAUGAUUCGAUCAUGUUUAUCCGGAGGAUGCGAAAUCUAGGGAGGGUGAAGGAUGUGAAGCUCAAAGUGGCGCCAUGCUUGCCGCACGGGUGGCUGAACAUGUACUUUGUUGGAGACAAGGGAUCUCUCUCUUCAUCGAAGGAGGCCAUUUCGUGGAUGAAGCAGCUGCUGUCCAACGGGCUGGCGGGGCAGCAUCAUGAAGUCGAAGUAGAGGAGCGUCGACAGCAGGAGGGAUCUCCUCCUCCUCCUCCUCCUCCUCCUGCUUCCUCUCCCCCCGCAGAAGCUGCGGACCUCUGGGUUCCAGUGGAGGACCUUCCGACGCCGAACAAGCAGCCAGGGGAGACGGCGGAGGAGAGGAAGAACAUGGAGGAGGAACGCUCUAUUUCUCAGUUCCACUAG